AAACAAACUGGAAAGAAGAAAAAAGAUACUUUAAUUUACACAACCAGUUGAAGACGAAAGAAUAUGAACAAUGAAGACUCCGAUCUUAUUUUCGUCAGAAAAACAAACUCUGAUCGGGUGUUGCAAUCACAAUCUCCAUCGGCAGACAACAAUAAAGUAUUAAUGGAGAUUCCUUCAACUAAGGGUAGAAGGAAACUGCUUCAUGCAACUUUCUGAUUUUGUGAAGUUGUUUGGCAUCUUACAAAUUGCUUCCUAGAAGUCAUGCUUUGUCCAAGUAUGAUUUUGCUGCUGUUUUUCCCCCUUCUUUUAACAAAGUGAUUGCAUUCAUGCUAAAGUCUUUGGUUACUUUAGAAGACGGUAUUACAAUUUCCAGAUUGCUGCUUUCGUGAUUAAAAUUCUCAGUUGUAACUGGGAUAUUGGUCACCAUGGAAAGGAGGUGCCUGAUAGAGCUGAUUUCAGACAAACUUAAAGAAGUUUGGAAAAACGGGCAGCUGAGAUCCUUGGUUUGCAUCAGCCUUUUCUUGCAAAUCGUAUUGAUAUUUGUGGGUAAAGUUAGGAAACGCAACGGAAAGCCUAUCCUGAGAUUUAUUGUAUGGUGUGCAUAUUUAUUGGCAGACUGGGUGGCAACAAUUGCGCUAGGGGUCAUCCUGAACAAACUGGCAGGAAAACCAAAAAAAAACGCACCUUUAGAGGAUGAUCUUAUAACAUUUUGGGCAGCUUUUUUGCUGCUUCACCUGGGUGGUCCAGAUACAAUCACCGCGUAUUCGUUAGAGGAUAACCAGCUUUGGCAGAGACGAUUGCUUGAGCUGGUGUUUCAAAUGAUUGUGGUGCUUUUCAUAUAUCUUUUGGCCUUUCCAGGUUUCUCUUUCCUCUCGCUCCUGACUAUUCCAAUGCUGCUAGCUGGUCUUAUAAAGUCUGGAGAAAGAUUACAUUGUCUAAGAUUAGCUAGCACUGAGCAGUUCCGUCGUUCACUUAUGACAGAACCUGAUCCAGGACCAAAUUAUUCUAAAUUCAUGGAAGAAUUUACCCUGAAAAAGGCAGAGGGGUUCUACGUGAAAGCUUUUGAGGUGAUUGAGACCUCUCUUCCUACUUGUACUGAGACCUCAAUCCAGGAUGAAGAGUUAGUUCGCAAAGCGUUUCACUUAUUCAAAAAAUUCCAGUGCCUUUUUGUGGACCUCAUCCUCAGCUUCCAAGAUCGAGAUGAAAGUCAAUGUUUCUUCCACAAGAUUGACUGUGAAAAAGCUUUUCAAGUAAUUGAGAUUGAGCUCGGAUUUGCAUAUGAUGUGUUCUACACCAAGGCACCUGCGGUAUAUGGCGGAUGGGGACAUAUUCUUCGCUUAAUGACCAUUUCUGCAACCUUAAUAUCAUUAGCGACAUUUUUAGCCAAAUCCAAGAAAGAUCAUUUCCAAAAAAUUGAUCUCUUCAUAACCUAUGUACUGCUGGUGGCAGCUAUAAUACUGGAGGUAUGCUCUUGCCUCAUUUUUGUAUCUUCAGAUUGGCCAGAUCGCUGGCUGAAGAAGCACGUCAAGAAGAAAAUUAGGCGCCUUUUUGGGGCACCAAAGAAACGAUGGUCAAAUUCGAUUGCCCAGUAUAGCAUACAGAACUUUUGUCGAAAGGAACAGUCAUCCUUUUUUUCUCGGAAUGUGAAGCUGUUGAUUGCUGAGAACAAGUUGGAUGAACUACGGUACGUUUCUUAUAGCAACGUGUCAACAGAUUUAAAGAAAUUAAUCUUUGAAGAAUUUUUGGAGAUUUCGACAAAUGGUAAUAAAAGUGAUCUUACUGCUUUGUGCAAAUCAAGAGGCAAACGAGUCCUGGAAAUGAAAAAGUUUAAAUGUAGUGACUUGAAUUGGUCUACUACUGAAGUGGAGUUUGACCAAAGCAUUUUAUUGUGGCACAUUGCAACUGAACUAUGUUAUUACUCAGACGAUGUGAGUGAAACUAUAAAGUGUAAAGAAAGCAGCAAAUACAUGUCUGAAUACAUGUUGUAUCUUUUGGCGCUGUGUCCUUUCAUGUUGCCGAUGGGGAUCGGGCUAAUUAGAUUCAGGGAUACCUGUGCAGAGGCUAUGCAAUUCUUCAAAGAGAAGACAGAGCAACCUGAUAGAGCCCAGGCCUGCAAGAUGCUGCUACGGGUAAAUACUGAAAUCCCACCAGGUAAAGUUAAAGGGGAUAGAUGCAAAUCUGUGCUAUUCGAUGCUUGUAGGAUCGCUACAGAAUUACGAACCAAACAUGCUAAAGAUCAAUGGAACAUCAUAAGCAAAGUUUGGGUUGAGAUUUUGGCUUAUGCCGCGUGCCAUUGUCGUGGAACUCACCAUGCUCAGCAGCUUAGAAAAGGGGGAGAGUUUCUUACUCAUGUGUGGCUUCUGAUGGCACAUUUAGGCAUCACUGAGCAGUUUCAGAUAUCUCAGGGUCAUGCGAGAGCUAAGUUCAGUGCACAUUAAAAUUUUGUACAGUCCGCUCAUGCAGCAUUGCUUACUUCGUUUGGCUAGAUGAUAGGCACUUAUUUAAGGGAAAUCUUCUUAUGAUACUAGUUAUGUUUAUGGUGUUUUAUUUAUUCAUCUUUUGUCUAUUUUUAUAUUUUUGAUUCGAAUUAGUUAUUUAAGUUUUUAAUUAUUUGUCAAACUCUCCUUAAUAUUAUAUUUUUUGGGUCGACCAUUGUUCUUGUAA